AUCAACUCUAUUUGGCAGAAGCAAGAGUUUUUUUUUUUACUAUUUCCGGACAUGUUAAAUAACUUGUUUAAUAGCCGAUUUUGAGUUGGUUUGUCGUUUUGUACAAAAUGUCAUCUGCAUGCCUGAUAUAACAUGCUGUGCAAACAAUGCCAAAAAUGAUUUAAUUCUAAAGAAAUCGUGUUCAUAAGAAACAUUUGUCUUCAGAGGAGUCGUCAGUCAUUUUAGUCCUGCUGUAAAGAACUUGUAAAAAUUAUGUAAAACCUUGUUAGUAAGUGCAACUAAAACAACUACAUGUAAGCUGUACAUGUAAAUGUUUUAAUGGGGCAAAAGUCAUUGAUGGGGGAAAUACUUACUGCAGGAAUGUCACGUUAUGAAAGGCUACAGCACGUAGUAUUAUCAGCAGUUUGUUUUGCGUAAUAGUGGUCUGAGCUUUUCACUAUUGGAAAGCCAGAAACCAGUCUGGCAGGGUCCUGUAACUACUAGGCAUUAGGUUUUCCUCAUUUGACUUCAACAACUCUCAGGCUGUGAUUCAACAUCAACCACAGAGCCAUGGAGGCCAUAUAUGAUGUAGAGGUGACCACAGGCUCCAUGACCCAUGCAGGCACUUUUGACAAUAUAUUCAUUACUUUGAUUGGCACACAAGGAGUGAGUGAGCGGACCAAGCUUGACGGCUAUGGAAGAGACUUUAAGACUGGAAUGAGAGUGAAGUAUAAAGUGAUUACCAGGUUCACUCUCGCCAACCUGCUGCUCGUCAGACUCGAGAAAAAUAAUUUCAUGUUCUUGCCAGAGAAUGACUGGUUCUGCUCUCUGGUGAAUGUAAGAACCCCAGAGAAAGAUGUGAUCCACUUCCCAUGCUAUCGCUGGAUGGGAGACGGGGAAGUGAUUGAGCUGCGAGAGGCCAAAGCUACACACAUCUAUGAAGAAAAAUAUUCACAACUGAAAGAGCAUAGAGGAAAUGAGCUAAAGCUUAACAAACAAGUGUACCAGUGGACUGAGUUUAAAACAGGUCUUCCACAGCAUGCAUUUUUUCAAGAGCCCCUGUCUCUUCCCUCAGUGGUCCGCUUCUCUUUCACUAAAGACAUGGACUUAGCUUUCAACUGCUCCACUGCGCUUGGUGAGAUCAAAAUGAAGAAACUAGUGAAAAAAACGGAUCAGUGGGUUCAACUGGAAGACAUUAAGAGUGCCUUCUGGUCAUCCAGAACUGCUGUCUCGGAAUAUGUGCAGCAGCACUGGAUGGAUGAUGAUUUUUUUGGAUAUCAGCUCCUAAAUGGCUCCAAUCCAAUGAUGCUCCGUCGAUGCACUGAGCUUCCUCUGAACUUUGCCGUUACUAAUGGCAUGGUGCAGCCUUUUCUAGAGAGUGGAACUAACCUUGCUCUGGAGAUGAAGCAAGGAAACAUUUUCUUAUGUGACUAUAAAAGGCUGGCAGAUUUAUCAACUCAGUUCAUCAAUGGGAAGCAGCAGUAUGUUGCGGCUCCACUUUGCCUUCUGUACAAGAACCAAGUGGGCAAACUUCUGCCUAUUGCCAUCCAGUUGCAGCAACAGGCAUCAGAGAACAAUCCAGUUUUCCUGCCAAGCGACUCAGAGUGUGACUGGCAGCUCGCCAAACUCUAUGUGAGGAACGCCGACUGUCUUGAGCAUCAGUCAUCUUUCUAUCUGCGCACCCAUCUGGCUGAGACCUUUACAGUGUCAUUAAUGAGAAACCUCCCGGCAGCUCACCCUAUACAUAAGUUGCUGGUGCCACACACACGUUAUACCCUGCAGAUAAACACCCUUAUUCGGAACAGACUUCUCGGUCCUGAGGGAGCUGUCUCUCAGAAUACUAGUAUUGGAGAUGAAGGGAUGACCAAUCUCAUGAGGAAGGCACUUUCGGACCUGACCUACAGCUCUCUCUGCUUGCCUGAAGACAUCAGUGACCGUGGACUAGAAUCUAUUCCCAACUUCUUUUACAGAGAAGAUGGAUUACGGCUCUGGAGCUUCAUAAAUGAUUUUGUAAGAAGCAUGGUGGAGUUGUAUUACCAGAGCGACAGCGAUGUGCAGCAGGACACUGAACUCCAGGACUGGAUCGAGGAGAUCUUUAUCCAUGGGUUUCUUGAGCAGAGCAGCACAGGAAUACCUCAGUGUUUUAGCACAGUAGAGGAGGUCAUUAAAUUUGUGACCAUUGUGAUCUUUACAGUUUCAGCUCAACAUUCAGCUCUCAGAGCAGGACAGUUUGACUAUGGUAGUUGGCUUCCCAAUUCCCCUGGCUCUUUAAAACAACCCCCUCCUACGUCUAAGGGACGCUCAGACAAAAACACGCUGCUUGACACCCUCCCUGACAUGAACACCUCUGCAUAUCUAGUAUCAGUCUUUUGGCUCCUGAGCAAACCCUCAUCAGAUUUAGUUCCACUCGGGCAAUACCCGGAGGAUUACUUUUGCCAGAUGGCUCCCCAAAAAAGGAUCAGAGAUUUUCAAGCAGAACUGUCCUUUCUUAGUGAGUCCAUCAAUGAUAGAAACAAAGGGCUACAAGUGCCUUACACAUACAUGUGUCCCGGGAACAUCAGCAACAGUGUCAGCAUUUGAUUUGACUGAAGACUUCUAAAACAUCAUGUUUUAAUAUACUUAUACUGAAUAUAAACCAAUUGUAGAAUCAUUUUUAUAUUUAAAUGUAGGAUAUUUACUUGCUAUAUACUGUAAUAUUCAGAUAAAUAUACCUUUUUUUAAACUUUGUGUUCAUUGUAGAUUGUCAAUAUUGAUUUGAUUUGAAACAUCUAAAAUUUCUAAAUGAUUCAAGAUUAAAAUUUGAACAAAUAUAUU